AUGAAUCAUCGUACGUGCAGAUCUGUUCAAAAAAUAUUUGACGACGUCACUUUCAACAAAGUAGACAGAAAAAAACUAAGAUUUGACAACAAGAAGCUAAAUUUUUUUUUCGAGAAUGGCAUAUUAAAUUAUAGCUUGGUCGAAAUAAUAGGAGGUUCAGGAAGUGGGAAAACACAAUUCGCCUUAACAUUAUGUGCAGAACAACUUUUAAAAACAUUUGAAGAGAAGAAAGAAAAUAUCGUUUUUUAUAUUUAUAUUAAUAGAAUAUUUCCAAUGCACAGACUUACAGAAAUAGUGGAAAAGAAGUUAGAGCAGAAGAAGCAGGUUAGUAAUAUUGUGUAUAAUAGUAACAGCUACGGUGUUGCAUGUGUAGAAAACUUUGUUGAUAGUAAUGAAGAUUAUUUAAAUGCACCCAAUGUUAGUAAACUAAGUGGCGACAAUUUUAUAGACUCUGAAAAAAAUCAUUUGUUUGAUGAAGAGAUGCUUAAUCAAAAGGGAGUAGAAGCGUCAAAAAAACCGCAGAGUUACGGCCGCUCAUCAUCUUUUGAUGAAAAAAGAAAGAACAUGGCUCGAAAUGUACUGCAAAAUUUAUAUAUUCAAAAAAUUAACGACGAAACAGAUUUCUUUAUUUUAUUUGAGAAAGAAAUAUAUUACAUUUUAAAAUAUUAUAAAAUAUCUUUACUUGUAAUUGAUUCAUUUAAUUCUAUAUUCAAUGGAAAUGAAAAAAUUGAUAGCUAUAAAAAACAUCAGCUUUUUAUUAAAUUUUCUUUAAUUUUAAAAAAAAUUUCAUAUGAGAAUGAUUUUUUUGUACUACUAAUUAAUAGUUCGCAAAUAAAAAAAGCAUACAACUCUGAUUUUGCAUUCGACUUUUCUGAUUACAUUGUUAGUUUAUCUUGCUCCAACACAAUUAUAAUUCUAAAAAGAACGAAGAAAAAGAAUCAAACAGUACGAAAAAUGACAGUUAAGUGCUCUGAGUUCUUAAGCAAGUAUAAAUCCCUAAACUUUGAAAUUACAGAUUCUGGAUUUACGGUUGUCUGA